CUAUAAAAAUCCAUCUCACUCGCAGGCCACGCUUACCCCUGACUUAUUUCUCCCUCGAAUCUCACCUCUCUCUCUACUCACCACCUCCAAAAUCUCAUUCUACAAAGUCUCCAUCUCCUAUUCUCAUCAAUUCGGAGGCCUGUCCUCGUCGAAAACCAAGACCAAUGGGUUCCCUCUCAGCUCUUGACAAACCUUUACAGUAUCCAAUCGCUCGCCGAGACGACGCUGUAAUUGAUGAUUACCACGGUGUAAAAAUCGCAGAUCCUUAUCGAUGGCUUGAAGAUCCUGACGCAGAGGAGGUAAAAGGGUUUGUACAGGAGCAAGUAAAAUUGACAGAAUCAGUGUUAAAUGCAUGCGAUACAAGAGAAAAACUUCGUGAGAAAAUCACAAAGUUAUUUGAUCACCCGCGAUAUGACGCGCCGUUUAAGCGAGGGAACAAGUAUUUUUACUUUCACAAUACUGGGCUUCAAGCACAAAACGUCCUCUAUGUGCAGGAUAGUUUAGAGGGAGAGCCAGAUGUUUUGCUUGAUCCAAAUGGGCUGAGUGAGGAUGGGACGGUGUCAUUGAAUUCCGAAACGCUUUCGGUUAGUGAGGAUGCUAAGUACUUGGCUUAUGGGCUUAGUACGAGUGGGAGUGAUUGGGUUACAAUCAAAGUCAUGCGCGUGGAGGAUAAGAUAGUCGAGGCUGAUACCUUAAAUUGGGUUAAGUUUACCGGUGUUAGUUGGACGCAUGACGGCAAAGGAUUUUUCUAUUGCCGUUAUCCAAAUCCCAAAGAGGGAGAAAACUUAGAUGCUGGGACGGAGACUAAUUCCAACCUUUAUCAUGAGCUUUACUACCAUUUCUUGGGUACGGAUCAAUCUGAAGAUAUACUGUGUUGGAGAGAUCUGGAAAACCCCAAAUACAUGUUCGAAGCUGCUGUGACUGAUGAUGGAAAGUAUCUUCUCUUAUAUAUUGAAGAGAGCUGUGAUCCUGUCAACAAAGUAUACUACUGUGACAUGUCUGCAUUUUCUGAUGGCCUUGAAGGUUUUAAAGGAGGAAAUAGCCUGCUCCCAUUUAUUAAGCUUGUUGAUAACUUUGAUGCAAAGUAUCAUGAGAUUGCAAAUGAUGGCACAUUGUUUACCUUCUUGACUAAUAAAGAUGCCCCUAAGUAUAAAAUAGUCCGGGUAGAUUUGAAGGAGCCAAGUAGUUGGAUAGAUGUCGUCCCAGAAUCCGAAAAAGAUGUUCUUGAAUCGGCAUAUGCUGUUCAUGGUGAUAAAAUGAUUGUGAGUUACUUGAAUGAUGUGAAGCAUGUUCUACAAAUAAGAGAUUUGAAAACAGGAUCUCUGCUGCAUCGGUUACCAAUUGAUAUUGGCUCGGUUACUGGGAUAUCUGCACGGCGAGAGGAUAGUACAGUAUUUAUUGAGUUUACUAGCUUUCUCACCUCUCGUAUAAUAUAUCAAUGCAAUCUAGAUACUGAGGUUCCGGAUGUGAAGAUAUUCCGUGAAAUUAGUGUGCCAGGAUUCAAUCGCACAGAGUUCCAAGUGAAUCAGGUGUUUGUGCCUAGCAAGGAUGGUACCAGGAUUCCUAUGUUUAUUGUGGCCAAGAAGAAUAUAACGUUGGAUGGGUCACACCCAUGUUUGUUAUAUGCCUAUGGUGGAUUUAACAUUAGCAUUACACCAUCAUUUAGUGUCAAUCGAAUUGUUCUGACAAGGCAUUUAGGUUCUGUUGUCUGCAUUGCAAAUAUUCGUGGUGGUGGAGAAUACGGUGAGGAAUGGCAUAAAGCGGGCUCACUUUCGAGAAAGCAGAAUUGCUUUGAUGACUUCAUUUCAGCAGCUGAAUACCUAGUAUCUGCUGGUUAUACCCAACCAAAGAAGUUGUGCAUUGAAGGUGGAAGCAACGGCGGGCUGCUUGUUGGGGCUUGCAUAAAUCAGCGACCCGACCUCUUUGGUUGUGCUCUGGCUCAUGUUGGUGUUAUGGACAUGCUUCGAUUUCACAAGUUUACCAUAGGUCAUGCAUGGACUUCUGACUAUGGCUGUUCAGACAAGAAGGAAGAGUUCGAAUGGCUAAUCAAGUACUCGCCGCUGCAUAAUGUCCGCAGACCAUGGGAACAACAUCCCGAACAACCUUCACAGUACCCAGCCACCAUGCUAUUGACUGCCGAUCAUGAUGAUCGAGUUGUGCCAUUACACUCUCUGAAGCUGCUGGCUACCAUGCAACAUAUUUUGUGCACGAGCUUGGAGAAUAGUCCUCAGACAAAUCCAAUCAUAGGUCGCAUUGAGUGUAAGGCGGGACAUGGAGCUGGACGCCCAACUAAAAAAAUGAUCGAUGAAGCCGCUGAUACGUAUAGCUUCAUGGCAAGGAUGUUGGAUGCUUCCUGGAACGAGUAGGAUCGGAUUUGGAUGUAAAAGGAGCUCCUACAAUUGAUAGAAAGAUCUAAAAGAUCAAUAGAUAUUGUCAUAGCAGCUCUUUUUAUUACCUGAAAAGGACACCCUUUUCUUCAAAAUUAAUUAUGCUUUCAUGAGGGUUCUGCAACAGUGACAUUGUAACUUUUGAUUGCCGAGUCCUAAAAUAACCCCUUGCUUUU